CAGGUCAGUAGCAGUACCUGUAGAGAGCAGUGGAAGAACUUUUCCGAGAUUUGCUCCUUGCUGAACAGUGCAAUCAAGCAGCUAUCCACUCAAGGUACUUUUGAAAUACUUUAAGGACUUUGCAAAGUUUUGCAGUCUUUGUUCAGGAUGGUGGGGCUGAAACCGUCCGUCGUUCCUCCAACUCCUGCUGUGCAGUUCCUGAGUGCUGGUACAGCAGCCUGCAUCGCCGAUCUCAUCACAUUCCCCUUAGACACGGCUAAAGUUAGAUUACAGAUUCAAGGAGAAGCUGCAAAGUGCCAAGGAUCCAAAAGUGUCAAAUACCGCGGGGCUGUGGGGACAGUGCUUACAAUGAUCAGAACAGAGGGACCGAGGAGUUUGUACAGUGGACUGGUGGCUGGGCUUCAGAGACAGAUGAGCUUCGCUUCAAUAAGAAUCGGACUGUAUGAUUCUGUCAAAAAGUUUUACAGCAGGGGGAAUGAACAUACCAGUAUAGGUACCUCCACACUAGCAGCUUGCACGACAGGAGGACUUGCAGUGGCACUGGCUCAACCAAUGGAUGUGGUUAAAGUUCGUUUUCAGGCACAGGGGAACGUUCAGGGUGUUCAGAAACGAUACAAUGGAACCCUUCAGGCCUAUAAAUCAAUAUUCAAAGCAGAGGGAGUUCAAGGACUUUGGAAAGGAACAUGCCCUAACAUUGCUCGAAAUGCCAUUGUCAACUGUUCAGAGCUUGUAACCUAUGACAUCAUUAAAGAGACAAUUCUGAGGAACAAACUGUUGACAGAUAACUUUCCCUGCCACUUCCUCUCAGCCUUUGGUGCAGGAUUUUGUGCAACAGUGGUAGCUUCUCCUGUUGAUGUAAUAAAGACAAGAUACAUGAACUCUGCUCCUGGACAAUACAAGAGUGCACUACAAUGUGCCCAGACUAUGCUGCUUAAAGAAGGACCAACAGCCUUUUACAAAGGGUUUGCUCCCUCUUAUCUACGCCUUGGUUCUUGGAAUGUGGUAAUGUUUGUGUCCUAUGAACAGCUAAAGAGGGCAAUGAUGUUGGUCAGACAAAGCUAAGAUUGUUCAGAACAAUGGACCAUUCGGCACUUCACCUAGCUUGCAGAAGUACAUGGACAUGGAGAACUGGUAUUAUUAUAACAUGAAUGUCUUCAGUGCAGGGUUCUGAAUGAAAUGUAUCUCCAUGAACAACAUUCCUUUCAUUCUGAAAUCAAAAAAAAUGUUGGAAAUCAGAAAAAAACCUAAACCGUUGGAGGGCAAAGGGUCUUCAACCUGAAACGUUAUCUCUAUUUCUCUUCCCACAAAUGCUGUCUGACCUGCUGAGGGACCUUCAGCAUUUCCUGUUUUUAUUCCUUUGAUCUUAUUCUGUUUUAUUACAAAGUCUGUACAUGUAAAUGUUCCUGGAAAUAUUUAAAAGCACAUUCAUUCUAGACAAUUUUAACCAAUAACUGACUGGACAAAAUCAAAUAGUUCAUCUUCAUUUUAUAUGCCGUGUAAGUGAGCAAAACUAUCCGAUAGGGUUAAAGUUCUUUCAAAACAAAAACUGAGUAAAAUGCACUUUACUGCCAAUGUUUCACAAUUUGAAAAGAUUAAAAUAUUGAAAACAUAGUUUGAAAAGCUAAUUUCAGUCCAGCCACUAGGCAAUUGCUGUUAGCUUGUACUGAAUUUUGGCUAGCUACAAUUCAAUAAGUGUUUUAUUUAUUUGAUAGUGUUUAUAUGGAAUUGUUUUAAUAAAACCACAUUUUACAAAAAGCUGUAUAUUAUCUUCCAUGUUAAAUUUAGAGAGGAAUAAAUCAAAUCCUAAUUCUUUUGCAUUACUGUAUAUAAACAGUUACUAUGUCCACAAUGAUAGUUGUUGUCAUUCUCCAUUUGUUAUUGCAUUAAAAAUACAGGGGAGCUUGUA